AUGGACCUCAUGAACAAUGUGUUUUGCCCCUACUUGGACGACUUUGUGAUUGUGUUCAUUGACGACAUCUUGGUCUACUCCCGAAAUAAGGAGGAACAUGAGAAACAUCUCCGAACCAUAUUACAAACGCUAAGAGAAAAGCAGUUGUAUGCCAAACUCUCUAAAUGCAAAUUCUGGAAGGACAAUGUAGCAUUCCUGGGCCACGUAAUAACCAAGGAGGGAAUCAUGGUGGACCCAGCGAAGAUCCAAGCGAUCAAGGAAUGGCCUACACCAACAACAGUUUCAGAAAUUAGGAGCUUCCUCGAGUUGGCUGGAUAUUAUCGGAGAUUCGUACCUGAUUUUACUAAGGUGGCUCAACCCAUGAUGAGACUCAUGAAAAAGGAAAUUUCCUUCCAGUGGGACACAAGUUGUGCCUUGGCCUUCCAGGGGCUAAAGGAAAGGUACCAUAGCACCGGUAUUGGCGCUACCCUCUGGAGUAGAAGGAUUUGA